UGCGCAUUGCGCCACCAUAAUUGUGGGACUGUCUUUCACCGCUCUCAUUUCCUGAAUCCUGAGGAGCUUGUGGUAACGACGGAGCUUGAGCAGCCAACAUGAGUGAUAGCGGGGAGCAGAAUUUCGGCGAUCGGGAAUCUCGAUCUGCUUCAAGGAGUGGAAGUGCACGGCGCUCGGGCAAGUCUGCAAGUCACUCUCCCAAUCAUUCUCCAGCACGAUCUCGCUCUAAAGAGGGGUCAAGACGUUCAAGAUCCAAAUCUAGGUCAAGAUCUGAAUCGAGAUCCAGGUCAAGGAGAAGUUCUCGUCGUCACUAUACAAGAUCUCGUACACGUUCAAGAUCUCAUAGAAGAUCGAGAAGCCGUUCGUAUAGCAGAGAUUAUAGGCGGCGUCACAGCCACAGCCACUCUCCUAUGUCAAAUCGACGCCGUCAUGUUGGAAAUAGAGCAAACCCUGAUCCCAACUGUUGUUUGGGUGUUUUUGGCUUAAGUCUUUAUACUACAGAACGUGACUUAAGAGAAGUAUUCUCAAAAUAUGGCCCGAUAGCGGAUGUUUCCAUUGUGUAUGAUCAGCAAUCAAGACGAUCGAGAGGCUUCUCAUUUGUCUAUUUUGAAAAUGUAGAUGAUGCUAAGGAGGCAAAGGAACGUGCCAAUGGCAUGGAACUGGAUGGAAGGAGGAUAAGAGUUGAUUUCUCAAUAACUAAAAGGCCGCAUACUCCUACACCUGGGAUUUAUAUGGGAAGACCAACCUAUAGUGGCAGCUCUCGCCGAAGAGACUACUAUGAUAGAGGUUAUGACCGGGGAGGAUAUGAUGAUCGGGAUUACUACAGCCGUUCAUCUUACAGAGGAGGCGGAGGAUGGCGCGGAGGUCAAGACAGGGAUCAGUUUUCUAGAAGGCGGUCUCCUUCACCUUACUAUAGUAGAGGUGGCUACAGGUCUCGAUCCAGGUCUCGUUCUUACUCUCCACGUCGAUAUUAAAAUGAGGAUGCUUCAGUCAGUUUAACAUCUUUAUACAUACAGUAAAUCUCUGAAGUGGUGUAGAUCAUCCAGAUAUUGAACUUUUUUUUGGUUGUAAAUUUUUAUUUUCUUUCCCUGUAGAAAUCGGGGCUUGCAGAUGCUGCAUGCAUCCCCCCUCCCAACCCAUGGAAGAUAACAUUUUAAAAAAUAAAUGCUGUUUUUUUUUUUUGGUUUUUUUUUUUUCUGAAAAAAUGUCUGCCUCCUCCAUAACCACCACUUGAUGCUUUCGUAUAAGUACCCCUUUAAAAAUCCUGGCUAUAAAAUGCACUAGUUAACCUUUUUUCCUUUUUAAUACACUAGAGGUGCCCAUGAUUAGUUUUACUUCUGCAAAUCUUCAAUAUUAUUGACUUGGAGAACUGACAGUCUGUUGGUCAUUAUAAGUUGUUUUUUUUUUUUUUUUGUGAAGCACAAUAAUUACAACUCUGGUAUCUUGGCCAUAUUGACGCAGAAGGGAAUUGAAGGUAGGGUAGUGAAAUGUUAAAAUGUUAACCAUUAGUGCUCUAUAAUACAUUCCAGAGGUGCUGUCUUUUUACAGCCUGUGACAAUGCCCUGUUUUGCAGAUUGCUGCACUGGCUUUAGCAGUCACAUUUGCUAGGCCUCAAGAUUUCUGGCUAUUGGUGGAGUAGAUUCUCUGUUGUAGUUAUUGAAUCCAAGUUUAUCUGCUUACCAAUUUUAUGUUUGUAUAUGUAAUAUAUUCUGAUCCCAAUAAGAAGUAGAAGCAUCUUUGGUGGCUUAUGUGGUUUAAAUUCUUGUCAUUGUGCCCCACCUCCAAAUAAAUGCACAAUGGACAUUGUUGCUUUGUUUGUGUAAUGGUAUUUUUAAAUAAAUGUGCUUUUUGAACAAAA